CAAGCAAGGAAGGAGGCAGGUAGGCAAAGUGGCCCCCACAGCUCUCUGCAGCAGACCCUCUGCCCAGCCCAGCAUUUGCCAGAGACAGUCAAGGACCUACAAACUAAUGGGCAGCAACGGAGUGUCUCUCCGGGACCUCUAGUGCUUUGCAAUUCUUCUGAUUUAGAAAGAGAAAGAGAACUAAUGCUGAUCGCUGCAGCAGAAAUAAUACUGACCGAGAAGGAAGGCGGGAGAAGAACUAGUCAGUACAGUAGUCAUUAUCCGAAAUGCAGGCGCGCGAGAAGCGCAUUUCAGCCAGGCUCCUGACUGUGUGGUAGUAGUACGAACGGCUGCGUCUUGGUUUCAACCGGCCUGUGUAAACCUGAAGCCACGCUCGACGAUGACGUAAAAGGACCUGCCUCCGCUUUCAACCGAGCCGACCUAAGACCCUCCUCCUGCUUGUGCAGCGCGCGCGCGCCCCGCCUCGCCCCCAUUGCCCCCGGGCCGGGUGGGUCUCCUCCCUGGAGGCGGAGCCUUAGCACAAGCUUGGGCGAGGCGGCCAGGGCAGUUCCGGGCCGGGAGAGAUCGCAGCGUCAGAGUUAUGGAGAGCGGUGGAGGCGCCUACGGAGCUGCCAAGGCUGGUGGCACCUUCGACCUGUGGCAGCUCUUGCAGCAACCGCAGGUCAUUGUGCGCAUUUUGAGCUCGGUGUUUGCGCUCAUAGUCUUCUCCUGUAUCAUCGGUGAAGGUUACACCAACCGCCAUGAAUCUGACAAGCUCUACUGCAUCUUUAAUCGCAGUGAAGAUGCCUGUCGUUACGGCAUUGCCAUUGGUGUGCUUGCCUUCCUAGCCUGUGUGUUCUUCUUCAUGGUUGAUGUCUACUUCCCACAGAUCAGCAAUGCUACAGAUCGCAAGUACCUCGUUAUGGCUGACUUGGGCUUCUCAGCUCUUUGGACCUUUCUGUGGUUUAUUGGGUUCUGUGUUUUGACAAACCAGUGGGCAUCGACAGCAUCUGGAGAUAUAAUAAUCGGGGCUGAUUCUGCCCGUGCUUCAAUUGCCUUCAGCUUCUUCUCCAUUUUCUCAUGGGGGCUCUUGAUUGCAUUUGCACUUCAGCGCUACCGCAUGGGUGUGCAAGAUUUUGCCCAAAAUUACACCGACCCAGCUCCAGGUCCUGCAACCCCCUAUUCCAGCUACCCCAAUGUUGGCCAUGAGAGCUAUCAGCAGCCACCCUUCACUCGGACUGGAGAGGACUCCGAGGGCUACCAGCCCCCUCCUGUGUACUGAUUGCUACUAGCUAGCACUCUUUCAGCAGCUGGCAGGGAUAGCCACAAAAGUGCAAUUGAUUCACUGCUUGGGUUGGGGAAAGGCUUCUGCUAUGAAGAGUAAGGGUGCCACAGCUUUGUGUGUCUGUGUGGUAGGUUCUGGGAUAUUCCUGCUGUUCUUGGCUGUCUUCUGAAAGCUGCUUCUUACAGAACAUGCUUUCUGUUCCUCUCAGGGGUGUGGGGUUUCCUUGCUGGCCUGUGUAUGGAAAAGGCAUAACAACUGCUGAAUCAAUCCACGCAGAAGAGUCCUUUCUGUUAAGAUGUGAAUAGUUGAUCUCUGCUGCUGCAGCAGUGGCGGCAAACUCAUUAGCUGUGACAGGCAGAGACUUCAUCUAGCAGUAAGAGAUGUGGUGAUCCUUGAUUUACUUUCUACUGUGGCUGCCCUAUUGAGCACCUUGUGGUGUCAGGCAAAUAUUGCCUUUCCUCCAAGUGCCAUUACACCAGUGCCUUUGUCUCUGUUAUGCGCUUUCACUGUUUCCCAGCCCUUGGAUGGGGUUCAGUUCCCAUGGCUCCUAUGGUGCUGCCUUUCUGGAUAAUGCAGGUGUGCAGUGCCUCACCCUUCUUGCUUUGCUGCUGCUGGAUGGAUCUGAUGCCAAAGCCUGGGCCUAAAGGCCCUCCCUUCUGUGCAAGUAUUUGUAUAUAAAGCUUUGAGCUUACUCUGCUGCCUUACAGAGUAGAAGUGGACUUCUCUGUGCCUUGCCGUCCUCUCUCGUUAACUCUUGAUUCAGUGGGAGGGAAGAGGCUCCUGGAGGCCCAUGGCAAUUGCCUCCCUGUCCAUUCUAAAAGGCAGCUGCAGCGACUGGUACUGUCAAGUAGACUUACGACCUGGGGAGGUUAAUAUUCUGUAUUCCUGUACUGGGAUGAAGCAGCAACUUGCACAAAGCUUCCACAACCAGCAUUCUCUGAAUUGCUUUAACAAGCCUUUCAGGGAAAGCUGUCCCUCUUUUACCUAGUUCCUGUCCACAUGGAUUGGAUUGUUGCAUGCCUGUUUCCCAAUUGUACCUGUUGGGUGGAAACUGUUUUCUGGCAGGAAGAGACCUAAAAUGGGAAGAGGUUUGUGUGUUUAGAAGUGUUCAUGGUGGAAAUAAACUUUGUCACUUGA